AGAUAUUAGGAGAGUGUAGCUGCACACAUGCUGAGGCUUCAUUUGCUGUAAUGCACACUUGAACGGUAUCUUUUGAUAAUAGAAGAAACAACAAAUCAGACAGAAUGCUUUUUCUUGCUAUCUUCGCUGUUAUUGCAGCCUCUGCUAUAGCUGACCCUGAGACUCAGAGCUAUUCCUACUCCCCUCCUGCGGGGUCAGGGAGUGGCUCUCCGUUCAGUAUAAUUGGGGAGGGAAGAAUCACAGCUGUACGAGUGUGGGAGUCGUCCUACAUACGAGGCUUCCAGUUCCGCUACGGCUUCACCUGGUCUUCAGUUUCGGGUACGACAUCCGGCCAGCUACAGGAGAGGGAAUUGUCUGGCGGUGAAGCCAUCAUUCAGAUUUCUGGGAUGUACAGUCACUACGUGCAGUCAGUGGUGUUCGUAACUAGCAAGGGCCGCCAUUUUGAAGCAGGCCAGCCCUCAGGCACUUCCUUCAACAUGUAUCCCAGCCACAAGGGUGCCGAGCUGGUCCUCAUCAGUGGCACUACCCAUGGAGGAAUCACCUCCAUCGCAGCAAUCUGGGGUCGAGUUGAUACAUCUGCUACUCACACUGAUCACUGAGAAGUAGAGCUUGCCUGAGGAGAUGCUACCAUUUAACCAACAACUUGGCCAAACCUAUGUAUGAAAAUUAUGGUUUAUUUCAGAAUGUAAUUCGUCUGUUCUGCGGUGCAACAUUUUAACAUCACAAAUCUGCACAUUUGCACUUUUGCUUGCUGAAGUGCUGUUCUUUAUUUAGCUGGAAACAUAUUUUAUAGUUAAAUCUUUGUUCUGAUGAAUGUAUGGGUUGAGAGAACUUGACUAUUCCUACUUAAACACUUUCAAAUUAUUUCCAAACACAUAUGAGCAACAACACAAAUUCACAUUAUGUUGCUACUUAUGCUAAUUAAACAGCUGACAUGCUCA